AUGACCACGACAGCCACCAGUGCUCCAGGAUCGCCUCCUGACUUGGCAGGAGAUCGGUCCUCCAAAGCCUCGUCUUAUUCUUCCACCUUUUCGAGUCCAGAUGGCUUGGAUUCAGAUACUACAAACUUUGAGGAGAUUGGUCUUGAGGACGACAAACACGCGGCCACAAUAAGCUACCAUGCCCGCGACAUCUCGGUGCAGUCCUUCGGGUCACAACACGAGUUGAUGCGAUCCAGAGAAUCGGGCUUGAGGGAGAAAAAACCAACCCUUCCACAAUUACAAACACACGGAAGAGCAUUGGGCUAUCGGCACGAUUCGGCACCACCUAAAACAGUUGGUUCAAGAAUGAUGAUGCUGAAACGCGGGUUCACAAGCCAAGAGACAUUCUAUCCUCUCGGUAAUAUAAGACCGAGGUCAUCAUCUCCACCAAACCGACGAAUCCUGGCAUCUGCCUCAACGACAUCCCUCAGUGCGGGCGGUCUACGACCGAUCUCUCAAUCUCCGGCGUCCUCCCUUGGGGUACCAGCACGUCGUGCGUCCUGGCAACCGCACCGGAAGACCGUCAAGGAACUAGAGGCUGAAUACGAUGACUCGGACGAUGAACUGCCUGAGGAUGCUAGUCUCUGGAACGUGCCAGUAUCUCCUUUUCCAUCGGGAACCCGGUCACAUCGGUCAAGUCUUCGCGGAAGCCCGGAAAGAGAUGGGAUUGCUCACAGUCCUCGACCAAUCCCGCUCGCGCACGCCAAAACAGCUCCCGAGACGCCUCCUCGGCCGACCCUGCAUUCCCAAACGUUACCAAAGCACAGAGGAUCCUCAUCAAGAGCGGUAACUCUCAACCCGUCCGUAUCGAAGCCGUUGUCGCCGCGCAGUGCAAACCGAGUGUCUCCUGGGAGGACUAAGUCGUGGAAUUUCGUCAUGGCCGAUUUGAGUGAAGAAGCCAGGAUUAUCUCGGAAGCUUUGGAGUAUCACGCCGAGUCCAUGGGCCAGGAGGCGCGUGAAAACCUUCAAGGAGGUUCUUGGCCAGAGAGCAUGGAGACACGGAUUGAUCGUGCUCCAAGAAGAUCGCCUAUACAAUUGCCUCCGAUUCAGAAGAGCACACUGGAUUUCAUGCCCAUCUCCAAAGAAAAGGAAGCGGUUCUGUCUCGCACACGACCAUCAUGGUUGCCACCAAAAGAUCCCAAAGAAGAACGUCGACACCUGGAAGAAUAUAAACGUAUGAUGGCAGCCUCCAUGGGCACGGAAAAGAAACGUCGCACAAAGCUGCAGGCCCUGCAGUGUGGAAAGGACGACGCUCGGGACUCUCUGAAUCGAAUUUGGCACUAUUUUGUGGCUGAAACGACCGAUCUUGCCACGAUCGACAAACGUGUCAACAGUCUCUGUUGGCGUGGGAUUAGUCCCAACAUCCGCGGGAAGGUCUGGCAAAGAGCCUUAGGGAAUCCGCUGGGUCUUACCAGUCAAAGCUAUGAGAAAGCCCUCCACCGAGCCAAAGAGAUCAAGAAGCGGCCCACUGAAGAGCUUGAUCAGAACGACAAAUCCAUGGAGGGGUGGUUCGUGGACAUUGAAAGGGACGCUGAGACAGCCUUUCCCGCACUUCACCUAUUUCAACGGAAUGGGCCCCUUUGGCAAGAUCUGAUCGACCUAUGUGAGGCAUAUGCGUGUUACCGGAGCGACGUGGGAUAUGUAUAUGGAAUACAACUUAUCGCCGCGCUGCUUUUGUUGCAGCUGCCAACACCUGCGGAUGCUUUUGUUUUGCUAGCCAAUUGCUUAAAUCGGCCGGUGCCGCUGGCAUUCCAGAGCAACGAUCUCUCUGUGACUGGGCGAACAUAUAACCACGCUGUUUCGACUUUGGGAAUCAAGUUCCCGCGGCUUCACGAAUAUCUCUUUGGCUCCAUGGAACAGGGCGGGCUCGGGUUUACCGCGGAAGAGGUUUUCGAACCAAUGUUUCGAACCAUCUUCUCAAACGGUCUGGAUGUUGACCGAUUGUGCCGUCUUUGGGACGUUUGGGUUUUCGAGGGCGAUCAAACCCUGGUCCGAGCCGCGGUGGCAAUCCUCGGCAGUCUGCAGUCUCAAUUGUUCGGCGUACGUGGCGAUGUCGACUUGAAGCGGCGCAACAUCCAAGAAAUGCUUGGAUGGGGACCAUUCAAUCGACAACCUCACUCUGGCCACUGGAAUUUUUCAGCCUUGGGGAGCGAAGAUGAGUUCAUGGAAGUAGUCCGGGUUGCAGGCACACUGGACUACACGGGCAACUGA